GGGCGGGGGGGAGGGGCGGGGCGCGGCCGCCGGACGCGCCCUCGCAGCUUCCGCCGGGCCCCUCCGGAAAUCCCGUGUCGUGGGGCGACGGCGGCGUAGAAAGUGCUUCCUGGAGCGCAGAAGAGGUCGUGAAUCAUGUGACGGUGGCUUGAGGAGGAACCUGUCUUUAAAGCUGUCCCUGAAGUGACAGCGGAGAGAACCAGGCAGCCUAGAAACCCCAGGCGUGGAGAUUGAUCCUGCGAGAGAAGGGGGUUCAUCAUGGCGGAUGACCUAAAGCGAUUCUUGUAUAAAAAGUUACCAAGUGUUGAAGGGCUCCAUGCCAUUGUUGUGUCAGAUAGAGAUGGAGUACCUGUUAUUAAAGUGGCAAAUGACAAUGCUCCAGAGCAUGCUUUGCGACCUGGUUUCUUAUCCACUUUUGCCCUUGCAACAGACCAAGGAAGCAAACUUGGACUUUCCAAAAAUAAAAGUAUCAUCUGUUACUAUAACACCUACCAGGUGGUUCAAUUUAAUCGUUUACCUUUGGUGGUGAGUUUCAUAGCCAGCAGCAGUGCCAAUACAGGACUAAUUGUCAGCCUAGAAAAGGAACUUGCUCCAUUGUUUGAAGAAUUGAGACAAGUUGUGGAAGUUUCUUAAUCUGACAGUGGUUUCAGUGUGUACCUUAUCUUCAUUAUAACAACACAAUAUCAAUCCAGCAAUCUUUAGACUACAAUAAUACUUCUAUCCAUGUGCUCAAGAAAGGGCCCCUUUUUCCAACUUAUACUAAAGAGCUAGCAUAUAGAUGUAAUUUAUAGAUAGAUCAGUUGCUAUAUUUUCUGGUGUAGGGUCUUUCUUAUUUAGUGAGAUCUAGGGAUACCACAGAAAUGGUUCAGUCUAUCACAGCUCCCAUGGAGUUAGUCUGGUCACCAGAUAUGGAUGAGAGAUUCUAUUCAGUGGAUCAGAAUCAAACUGGUACAUCGAUCCACUUGAGCCGUUAAGUGCUGCCAAUUGUACAAUAUGCCCAGGCUUGCAGAAUAAAGCCAACUUUUUAUUGUGAAUAAUAAUAAGGACAUAUUUUUCUUCAGAUUAUGUUUUAUUUCUUUGCAUUGAGUGAGGAACAUAAAAUGGCUUGGUAAAAGUAAUAAAAUCAGUACAAUCACUAACUUUCCUUUGUACAUAUUAUUUUGCAGUAUAGAUGAAUAUUACUAAUCAGUUUGAUUAUUCUCAGAGGGUGCUGCUCUUUAAUGAAAAUGAAAAUUAUAGCUAAUGUUUUUUCCUCAAACUCUGCUUUCUGUAACCAAUCAGUGUUUUAAUGUUUGUGUGUUCUUUAUAAAAUUUAAAUACAAUUCGUUAUUCUGUCUCCAAUGUUAGUAUGUAUGUAAACAUGAUAGUACAGCCAUUUUUUUCAUAUGUGAGUAAAAAUAAAAUAGUAUUUUUAAAAAUAUAGUUUGAGCACUGUAUAGGUCCUUUUUUUGUUCAGACUUUUUCCAAAAAUCUAAACAUAAUUAAUAUACUCUUUCAGCCACAUGAAUAAAUAAUGAGUGUUUCUUGUAGGUAUUGGUUUGGAGAUUGUUUUACGGUAGCAUGAACUGUUAACUGGAAAAGAAACCUGAGAUUGCAGUCAGCCAAGAUUGUGCCACUGCACCCCAGCCUGGGCAACAGAGACUCCGUCUCAAAAACAAAAAAGAAAAGAAACCAAGAAACCUCAGGCAUGAACCUAAUUUAAUCUCCAUGAAAGAGGUACUACAGUUCUAGAAUAUACCCUUUAUGUUCAGGAAUGCAGUCUAUCAUUCAGAGUUAAUUUCUUUCUAGGCUCUUUGACAAUCAAUUUUUCCCUGGAUCAGUUCAGUACAUAUGCAUUGAGCACCUGUGUGCCAGUCAGCAGAGCUAUCACAUUGCACAAUUCUAAGAAGCACCAUUCAUGUCUCAUCAUAUUUCUAUGCUCUGGGAGUUGCCUUUCACAUAGAAUAUGUGUGAUUGUUAUCCCUAGAAUUGUGCAGUGAGGCAAUUGGCUAGGUGCUGUGCUGCUUUUUCUUUCUUUCUUUUUUUUUUUUUAAGAGACAGAGUCUUGCUGUGUUGCCCAGUCUGGAGUGCAGUGGUGGCAUGAUCUUGCCUCACUGUAACCUCUGCCUCCUGGGUUCAAGCUGUUCUCAUGCCCCAUUCUCCCUUGUAGCUGGGAUUACAGGCUUACACCAUUGCACUUGGCAAAUUUGUGUAUUUUUAGUAGAGACAGGAAUUCACCAUGUUGGCCAGGCUGGUCUUGAACUCCUGACUUAAAGUGAUCCACCUGCUUUGGCCUCCCAAAAUGCUAGGAUUAUAGGUGUGAGCCACUGCACCGGGCCAUGUGCUACUUUUUCUUCCUUCCAUCCUUCCUCCCUCCUUCCAGUGUAAAUAUGAGAUUAAUUUGUGACAUCUUACUUUAAAGAACUUAGAGUUCAGUAAAGAAAGCAGGUAUAGAAAGUGCUAUGAUAAAGCUAUACAUAGGAUGGUAUAGAACCACAGACUAGGGGCACUUAAAAUGGGCAAGAAAAUAGCCUUUGUAAAUAAAAUAGAGGCAAGAGAUAUAAUGCUUUACCUGCAAAGAGCUGUAAAUACAGCCAUGUACCAUAUAAUGAUGUUUCAGUUAGUGAAGGACCACAUACGAGGGUGGUCAGAACAGCAGGCUAUACCAUAUAGCCUAGGUGUGUAGUAGGCUAUACCAUAUAGCCUAGGUGUAUAGUAGUAGGCUAUACCAUAUAGCCUAGGUGUGUAGUAGUAGGCUAUACCAUAUAGCCUAGGUGUGUAGUAGUAGGCUAUACCAUCUGGGGUUCCUGUCAGUACAGUAUGAUGUUCACAUAAUGAUGAAAUCACCUAACAAAGCAUGUCUCAAAAUGUAUCCACAUUGUUACGUAACACAUGACUGUAGUUAAUUGUUACAAUUGAAAUACUAGAUGUACUCAUUGAAAUCCAGAAUUCCCAUUAUCUGGAUUAUUUAAUAUCGUUCAGGAAAUUUUUGCCAGUGCAAUGGUGCAUGAAACAAUGUCUUUUAGAAAUGAGGUGGCCAGAUUUCUAUUUGCAGAUAAUAAUUGUAUAUCUAAAAAUCCUAGAAAAAGAAAUGAUAACAAAUGGAGCUACUUAACCUUUACAUGUUGAAUGCUGCCACUGUUAAAAUUUCUGAGGGGGUAUAAUAGAUAUACUAUCCCAUAGUUCAUCUGGAAAAAUAAGGUGGUGAAAAUUGCUAAGAAAUUUUUGAAAGGGUAAUAUAAACCUAGAUUAACUGUUUUUGAAAGGUAGUACAGAACUGAAUGCACAACUAGAUAUCAAUGGUAUGUACUCACCCAGAAAAAAGACUUCAGUACAUACAUGUGAGGGCUUAAAACAUUGUUAUAAAGAUGGGAUCACAAUGGGAAAAGGAUUAUUCAAUAAGUAGGGCAGGCAUUCUCUAUGCCUGCUAGGGAAGUGUGACUUGUUAUACUCUUUAUGUACAGCAAUUGGCAGUCUGUGAAACUUUUAAAUUCAUAUACAUAACCUUUUGCCCUGCAAUUCCACUUCUAGAAAUUUAUCCUACCAAACAAAGCACAUAGAUGUGCAAAAGUAUGUAUUUACAAGUAUAUUCUUUGCAACUUGGUAAUGUCAAAGAAUUGGAAGCAACCUAAAUAUCUGCCAUAGGUAGGAUAACCAUAUGCUCUGGCUUUUUGAACACUACCAGUUUAUACCUGCUGUUCUUGGAUAAUUAUUAAUAGUGCUUUCAUUCUCAAUGUCUCACUUUAGAUAAUAAAUUACAGAGGAUUGGUGAAACUAAUUUGCCCAAUGGAAAAAGGAAUGAAGAAGUGCUUUAGGUACUGAGAUGAAAAGAUCUCUAAGGCAUAAUAAUGUUUAUUGAGAAAAGCAUGGUGUCAAACUGUAUGGCAUGCUACAAUUUAUGUAUAAGAAGAAAAAAUGUGUAUGUAUUCCUAUUUGUUUGUAUAUGGUAGACUGUCUCUGAAGACAUAUAUGGAAGAACCUGAUCACAUUGGUAGUCUCCAAGGAGCGGAACUAGAUACCUGGGGGAUAAGGAUCCCAGGAGUGAGCCUUUUCAUUGUAAACUUCAUUGUACUUUGAGUUUUUAACUGUUCAAAAGUAAUAAAAUUGGAAAUAAAAUAUUUCAACAAACAAUAAAA